GGCGGAGAAGCCCUGCCUGUCCGCUGGAUAACAAUAGAGACAGAAACAGAAGGGAGGCAGUUUGGCCCGUUAUAACCGGACCAAUCCGCACCAAACACCGUUUACAAAACCCGACUCGGGCGGGGAGGAAUAUCCGGGACCAUCGGGAGGAAUACAUAUAAAGUAUGAUGCUUUAUUUAGACGUUUCGGGCUCUGCUAACUGAGCUAACGUUAGCAUUUUUCUACAGAGAAAGUAACUAAACAUUACUUAGUGGAAUACUCUAUUCUGAUUGGUCAUUUCGGACAAGUAACAAGGUAGUUUUACUCAAGUACUGUACUUAAGGACAAUUUUGUACUUUACUUCUAAUUUUUUGAGACUUUGUACUUCUUCUAACCCACUACAAUUCAGAGUGCAUUCUGGGAAACGGAGUUCUCCUGUGCCCGUCUAACCAGAAAACAUAGAGUUAGCAGCUAACGGCUAACGGCUACAGGGAGGCGGAGGAUCAGCUGUUUUCAAGACCGAUGCUGUAAGAAAGGAGCCACGCUUUCACAUGAGUGUGACUGAAGGCCAUUAGCAAGACAAAGGUCGCCUCCAUGGAGCCAGCACAGGAGUCUUUGUAAAGGGGGGGUGUAUAGACGCCCAGAGUGGUGGUGAAAAAAGAGCCAAAUUCAGCAUUUUUAUGGACGAAACCUGAGACGGGGGAGUUUCUCUUCUUUUUUUUUGAGUCGUUUAUUGAUGAUGGCGGAUUUUGUUACACCGCGACACAGCGCGGUGAUGGAGAGGCUCCGCCGGAGGAUCGAGCACUUCCGGCAGCAUCACAACAGCUGCGAGAGCCGCUACGACACCGCGACGCUGGAGCGGCUGGAGCUGGAGCGGCAGCAAACCUUCAACCUGCACCAGCGCUGUCUGCAGGCUAAGGCCAAGCGGUCCAACAAGCACCGGCAGCCCCAGAGCAGUGCAGUGGACCAGGGGGCUGGGCAGAGGGAACAGCAGGCCGGGCAGAGGGCGCAGGCAGCCGGGGGAGGAGGAGGAGAGCACCAGGCCGGGGAGAGUGGAGGCACCGCGGCGGAGCAGAGCCGCAACAGCACGCUGAUAGCGCUGCAGGAGACGGUGAAGAGGAAGCUGGAGAGCGCUGGCUCCCCGCUGAGCAGAGACCCGGCGAACGGCUUCAGCGACGGCUUCCCCCCCAACAAGAAGGCGUGUCUGGACAACGGCGCCGCCAACGGCUCCCCGCUCGACUCCAAGCUGGGCCUCAGCGACCUCCUCAGCGCUAACGGGAACCACGGGAAACACGGGGACAAAACGGACUCCCCGACAGACUUCCACCGUAAAGAGAUGAAGCAGGAGCCCGACGACAUCCUGCCCAUCAUGCCUCCCUCUGGGGGGGGCAACAACAACAGCCUGUUCCCCGACCUGAACCUGAACGAGCAGGAGUGGACGGAGCUGAUGGAGGAGCUCAACUGCUCCGUGGCCUACGAGGACAUCCAGGACAUCCUGAACGACGGCUUCGAGGACCGCAAGGACCUGCUGGAGCUGGCCCCUGGGGGAGGAGGAGGUGGGGGAGGCUCCUCACUGCUGCCCCCAGAUCUGGCCAGUGUAAAGACGGAGUUCUCCCCCUCCUCCGUGGCCUUCGAGCAGGACUCCCGCACCGCCUCCCCCCACCUCAGGUCCUCUUCCUCAGGGCCCGCUCCUCAUCCCACAAGCUCCCCAAUCGCCUCCUCCUCUGCCUCCUCCCCCGCCGUGCCCCCCCUCUCUCAGCCGGCCCCUCCUCCCCCCCGGCAGCUCCAGCCCCCUCCCAACCACCACCUGCCCCCCCCCAAAGACCUGUCCCCUGCACAGCAGCUGCAGCAGCUGGCAGCGCAGCAGCAGCGCUCUCAGCACCUGCACGGACAGAUGCAGCACAAACAGCCUCAGCCGGGGGCCAAGUUCCACAGCCAGGGGCCCCACGCACACCCGCAGCAGUGGCCCCCCAUGGCUACUCCCUCUCAGAACCCACUAGGGGGCGCGUUUGGUCUGGACAAACCCAGCAACCCCUCCCUGUAUCCGCAGGACUUUAACCCCGGGGCCCAGAAGCAGCUUCUGAUGCCGGCUCAGCCCAACAAAGGGCCCCAAAAAGCGGGGGCCGGCGGCUACAUGCCGGGGCCCCAGCACCCCAACAUGAUGGGGCACCAGACGCAGGGGCCGCCGCUCGUCCACCCGCCGGUGCCGGGGGCCCAGGUGACAGCCGCCAUGCUGAACUACAACAACACCAAACCUCUGUCGCACUUUGAAGCGGGGCCCGGGCCCCCGAGGCCCCCCAACACUCAGAGCCAGAACAAGGCGGCACUGCUGACGCUGCUCCGACAGCAGCAGCAGAUCAAACAGAAGAACAGCAUGGGCUUCAGACACAUCCCACACACACAGGACCAGAACUCGUACUCUGCUCCUCCUCACGGCCCUGCCAACACGAUGGCGCCGGCUCCUGGAAACACCGCCAUGUCGGUGCCGCCGGGGGCCGGCAACAUGGCAGGUAACCACGGCAACACGGCGGCCUACCUGAGCAGCCAGGCGGCAGUGGCGGCGGCGCUGAAGCAGCAGCAGCAGCAGCACCAACAGCAGCAGAUCCUGGAGCAGCAGAAGCAGCAGUACCUGCAGAGGCAGCAGCUCAUGGCCGAACAGGAGAAGCAGCGCCAGCAGGACCAGCAGCUGCAGAGACACCUGACCCGCCCCCCUCCUCAGUACCAGGACCAGCCGGGACCACCGACCAAUCAGAACGGUUUCCCUCAGCCGCCAGGCAACCAGUUUACAGCUUCCUCUCAGCCAAUGGGUAGCGUCGGCUCCAUGGGAGGCCCCGCCCCCGGCUCCCAGCGCAUGUUCCCUCAGAACCAGGGCAUUAUGGGUAUGAGCAUGGGGGGGCAGGGAGGGGGGCCGGCGGGAGGUGUGGCUCCGCCCCCUGCAGGAAGUCAGGGUGACAUCAGCCUGUCGUCCUGCGGCGGGGGGGGCGGGGACGUGCAGCAGGUUCUCUACAACAACAUGAACCUGCACGCCCCCCCACAGCAGGGCACCAUGACGCGGCAGCCGCUGGGCGCCAUGACGACCACCUACCGCCACAACCUUCUGGCUCAGCAGCACCUGAAGGCGCAGCCCAACGCCGCUAUGCUGAAGCAGCAGCAGCUCAGCGCCCGCAUGCCCGGCUCCAUGCAGGGCAGCAUGGCCACCGGCAUGCAGGGCGCCCAGAGCGUCGCCUGGCAACAGCAGAUGGCCAAUCAGCCGCCCGGCAGCAGCGCCGGCCUCCCGCCCAACGCCUUCAACGCCGCAUCCAACGCCUUCCACCUGCAGCAGCAGCGCCUCGCCAAGAUGCCGCCCGGUGCCGCGGGCUUUGGGUCGAACCCAGGGGGGCGUCCCAUGGGGGGGCUGACCCCCGCGCAGCAGAUGAUGCAGAACAACAUGGUCGCUGUGCAGCAGAGGGCGCCGCCCAACCCUCAAAUGGCCAAUCAGCAACAGCCUCAGCAGCAGCAGGCAGCCAAUCAGAGCGCAGCGGGGCUGCCCGACUUGGCGGCAUUCGGACAGUCCGGCGGCCGCCCGGGGCUGCAGUGUAACCAAGGUUACCAGGUGAGCAGGACUGCAGCGCAGCAGCAGCAGCAGCAGGUGGCGUUCGGGUAUAACGUGGCGUCAGGGAGCUUCGCCGGCGAGAGCGAGCUGGUGGACUCGCUGCUGAAGGGACACAACACUCAGGAGUGGAUGGCCGACCUGGACGAGCUGCUCGCCAGCCACCACUAGAUGCACCCGAAGCACCUGAAGCCUGCUGAGCUGCACCGACACUUCCUGCUGCAGCCGAGACCUACUUUCUCGGACCAGGCGAGAGGUCGGCGUGUUAGCAUUAGCCAGCGAGCUAACGGAGUGACCAGUCUCCUCUCGCUGAGUAACCGUCAUGAAGGUUGUUGUGAAUCUCUCUGAGAUAUUUGAGCCGCUGCAGCGUCCAUUGCAAUGCAAUGAAGAAACGUGUGUUUCCUGCUGGGGAGACGGAGGUUUAAAGCCAGCACAUGCUAACAGAGGAACCUGAACACCAGCUCCACUCAGACAGUUGAACAGAGUCACUCACCAGGUACAACACCUCGAUGAAUCCCCUGCUUUCUGAUGAGGCCGAUAAAGGUGAAGUUUAUCCAUAAAACACCUCAGUCCAGCGAGGAAACGCUCCAUGUUAAAUCCUAAGAAAGGACAAUAAUAGAAAAUAUAAUUUAAACGUCACGAUAUAUUUGAUAUCAGGACAUUGGAAUCUAUUGGGUUAUAGAUUUACAUAUCUGAAUUUCAAAGAUAAAUGACAAAAAUCACAUUUAAAAGAAAUCCUUUGGAAUACUCUGAGAAUAAGUGGUGAAUUAUUGAAAAGAAAUCUAAAAAUAAAAUAAAAUAAACCUCCAAUCUUUUUAUAUUUAAUCUAAAUAUUUGAAGAUAAAAGCUCUGAAUUAAAAAUAUUACAUAAUAAAUAUUUCAGUUUCUUGUAAAAAGAAAAACAUUUAAACCCAUUUUUUUACUUUAAAUUUAUGGCUUUUAUCUUUGAAAUUCUGAUCUCUUUUUUUACCUGCUCCCUGACUAUUAGAAAUCCCAAAACAGUCAAACAUGUUCUAAAGACACCCUGAGGUAACUGUGGUACAUUCAUAUGGAUCUAUGGAACAGAGCAAGGUGUAUUACCUGGUGUGUAACCCUGAAGGAGCUGUGUGUGUGUGUGUGUGUGUGUGUGUGUGUGUGUGUGUGUGUGUGUGUGUGUGUGUGUGUGUGUGUGUGUGUGUGUGUGUGUGUGUGUGUGUGUGUGUGUGUGUGUGUGUGUGUGUGUGUGUGUGUGUGUGUGUGUGUGUGUGUGUGUGUGUGUGUGUGUGUGUGUGUGUGUGUGUGUGACUGAACACAGGAGUAAAAACUACUGAACCUGAUUCAGUGUUAAACCACUGUAGCCCUCCAGCCCCCCCAACACACACACUCUUCAGUUUGUCAGCGGAGAGGAAGUGAAACAGGAAGUAAAGCAUUACGUUAUUUCGAGGACAUGACGCUGUUUUUGCACGUUUUACUCUCAACAAUAAUUCUCUGCAACUACUCGGGACAUUUCCCUGAGAACGGUAAAAUGAUGCAGUGUUUGUCGUUGAAGUGUCUAAAAUAAGAACACACCAUUUCCUUUGUAUUUGAUAGACUAACACACAUGGUGCUCCGACUUCUUUUGGUGGCAAAAUAAGACACUUGAAGACGUCAAUUUGGCUUUCUUGAAAACGAUUUGACCCGGUAAAUCCUAAACCUGUAUCACGGCGAAACAUCGGGCUGGCUUUUGUGUGUCCUGCAGACUCGUGCUGAGAGUUGUAAACAGUGCUGUUAUUUUCACCACAACACGUUACUGUGAGGAAUUUAAAGCAGGAGUACAUUUUCAUACUGUAGGGAAAUAUCUGCACACACACACUGCUAUUUUAAUACAAACACUGCAGCGUGUGUGUUCAGGGAAAUGACCUGCACUCAUGUAAAAUGCAUCGGCUGGAGUCUGCAGAGUGACGUUAACGCUCCGGAUAAACCAGAGAGAGGUUUUCAGUGAGUCAGAUAUUCCCUGAGCCACCCAGUAAAACGUGCAACAAGCAGCAAAAUGUUCCUGUUCUUAAUUGGAAAUUUAAACAAGUCCUGAGAGGAAGGGGAGGAUUUUUGAUUCUCUAAGUCUGAAGUGUCUUCUGUGUUUAUCAUUUAUUCAGAAUAUGUGGAAAAAAGGUUUGCCAGAAAAAGUUGAGGCAGCUAAUUUAUUUAUUUCUCGUUGGGAUCAUUUGUGUUUAUUGGGUUUGUAGUUCUGCCACAAAAGGGUUCAAAUCAAACUGCAAACACAGACAGGAAACACGAUAUCAACAAAAGACCCUGAAUGACUUUUCUUACAGAUGAAAAACCCUUCUGUAAAAACUAAUUACAAACUUUUACUCAAAAAGGACUUCCUGUUUAAAUAAAAUCACCCGACAGAACUUUUAUAACAUCUUACAUUUCAGCUGAAAAUAAAACCCACUUUUAGGUCAUAAACCCGGCAGACAAGUUAACCCAGACGUGGAUCAACCAAUUAACCAAUUAUCCUCACUAGCCUUUUACAUGCUGUCGUUAAGAUACUGUCUGAUCUGAGACGCCGAGCAGCGGACACGCAUUCUGAAGAUUCGCUGUUAAGACUUCUCUCGUCUGAAUCUCUAGAAACUGAAGUCUCCCUGACGACUUUAAGACUGACUUUAAAAAUCCAACGGAGCAUUACAACUCCUCUUCUGUUUCUUAACAUUUCAAAACUCUGCAGACUCUGCGGACCUCUCCCAGGCUGAACACCCUUUCAAAAUAAGACGGUUAAAUGUUCCUGAUCCGGCCUUGAAGCUCUGCCUCGUUGGUUUGGUUUCUGUUCUGCAGGCGGGUUGAGGUGUUUCUGCCUGGGAGACUGAAAUCAGGACAGCCAUGUGCCAUUAAUAGCAAACGAGCAUUGAAUUAUAAUUGAUGGCCAUUAUUGCUCGUCAUUCAGCAUUAAAUUACAAAUGGUUGUCAUGGUGCUGCGAAAUGAAUUCUUGUGAUGAGUUUCUGAUCAAAUGUUGAAGAUAUUCACAGAGUUUAAAGCUGAUCCUGCUUCUGACUUUACGUACGACAGCAUAUUAAAGCUAUUGUAGGUUUAAGAACACAUGUAUUAUAGACUGGGAGGAUUGGGGAAAUACAAAAUUCAGAGAUAAAAUCCUACAUUCAAAUAAAUCUGAAAUUCUCUGAGAAAGACGUUAGAGAAUGAAGGGAAGACAGGCGGAGAAUGAGAUGCAUUUCAUCUGGUGUUUUGACGUGUGUCCCCCCUCCUGCAGUAGCUCUAAGGCGCUGUCGUGCCAGCAUUACAGAGGGUUUGAACGUGGCAUUUAUGUUUCCAAAAUCCAAAACGCGUUUCCUGAACAGUUCAUAAAGUGUUCAGACAGAAAGUGUGGGAUCGGACUGCGGCGAAGAAUGUAACGUUGAAUGUGUGUGCAGUGUAGAGUCGAGUCCUCACAGUUCUCAUUAUAUACGUUUAGUUGGACCUCUGCUCCGUAUUCAUCGUACGGUUCUUCGCCCGCCGUCCGAUCCUCCCCCCGUCUCCCGCCUUGUUAUAUCUGCUGUACUGUUUUCCUCCACAGAAGUUUGUCGUGUUGUAUUUUAAUGUUAUUAUCGCUAACGAUAUCUUGGGGCUGGUUUCACGUUUCCGAUCUCCUGCCGAGCUCUUCCGGAGGUUGGAUGUGGCUUGAACUGUAAAUAUAAAUAUAUUUUUUGUAUGUAAGCCUUUCCUAAUGACCUGGAGAAGAUAGAUGUUAUUUUUAUAUAUUGCAUUUUGUAAGUAUUUUAUACUUUUGAUAUGGUUCUCUGUAAAACAAGAGUAUUAUGUAAAUAUAGUUCUUUAGAAACA